AUAACGUCACAACUAAAAAAAACGUGAUGUUGAGUUAAUACUCUAGUGAGAUGUGUGUAAUUAUUAUCUUCAAGGUGGAAAAGUGUCAUUUGUCAACUAGCAAAACACACCAAUAGAGGGCAGAUAUGUCGUUUUUCCGCUUGACAGAUUUUACGUUACAUCAAGCAAGAAUAGUGUCACUUCUGAGUUCGUACACGAAAUUUCAUGACGGUUAGUCAAGAAAAACGACACAACUUAAAACAGUACCCUUUUGUUGCAGGAGACCAAUUAUUAUGACUACAAGAGGGAAAAAAAUUGUCAAUGCUGCUCUGUUACAAAUGGAAUUAGCAAAUAGAAAAAAAGAUAAAGGUGAAGAAAACAUCAACAGUGAACACACAAUCGAUGAAAUACGUUUAGAACCCGCUUUCGACGACAUGAUUGACGAUAUUGCCAAGGUUCAAAACGAGAUUGGAGAAGCUGCAAAAGAUGAAGCUGAAAAGCGAAAUAAAACUGAAGUAAACAAAUUCUGUAAAAUGUCACCGGAAAAAUCCUGUGAAAGUACAAUUUUGAAUGUAACAAAAAAUCUAAACCAGAUUGAAAAAACAAAAGGUUUACAGACUGCAAGUGAGAAUGUUAGGAAGUUUAGUCGGAAUAAAGAAAAUAGGAGUCCAAUCGAUCCUCAGAGUCCUCAAUGUUCAUUUUGGAAAAGUUCCGGUAUUAAACAUGGAACAAAAUUAAAGUUAAAAAAAAUUACGAAAACCGGGAAACAGCAGGCAUUUGAAUCCGAUGACUUUUUCUCGGCAGAAAAUGGUGAUGAUUCAGACGCAGACCCGGAUUUUAAUGGUACAUCAAAUAAUUCUUCAACAAGCGACAGCAGCUUCUAUGAAGAGAAGAAACUGACGGAAAUAGGACAUGAACGUGGAAAACGCAGUACGGCUGAAGAUGUAGUUGUUGAGGAAGAAGUUAGAGUAGUACUCAAUGAACUAGCAGAAAAUCAAGAUCUGCCAAAAAAAACGAAAAAGAGAAAAGCAAAUCCAACAGAGUGGAAAAAAGAAAAAGCAAAAAUUCUUAGAAACAGCGGAAAAGGUUACCUUUCAUCUGCAAAAGUUCCAAAAGAAGUAAGAGGGAGGGCCAUUCAGCAACCUUGUGGCGACAAAUGCAAAGUAAAAUGUGCAAAUAAGAUCAGUCAGGAUAUGCGACAAAGAAUAUUUGAUCAGUACUGGAAUCUAGCAAAUCUUCAACUGCAGCGAGAAUACAUCUCCAAAAGUAUGAAUGUUGUUCGGCCCGCGUAUAGGUACCCGAGAGAAGGAAGUCAUCGAGGUUUGAAUCAUGCUUUCUAUUUCACAAUUUCUGGAAAACUCAUACGUGUCUGCAAAAUGUUUUUCAAGGCUACACUAGAUAUAACCGACCGGCCAAUCAGAACGGUAAUUAAAAAAAAUACGGAUGGUUUUGUAGCUGCUGACCAAAGAGGGAAACAUGGAAAACAUAGAGUAUUAAAUCCUGACUUGGGAGCGAGCAUUCGUGAACACAUCAAUAGUAUACCCAAAAUAGAAAGCCACUAUUUACGAGCCCAAACCACAAGAGAGUACAUCGAAGGCGGAAAAACAAUUGCAGGAUUACAUCGUGACUACAUGGAGCAAUGCAUUCAAAACAACGUUUCUUAUGGAAAUUUGACACAAUACUCUAGGAUUUUCAAUAAUGAAUUUAAUUUAAGUUUCUUCACUCCCAAGAAGGAUCAAUGCGAGCUCUGCGUAGCUUAUAACAAUGCCCAAGAUGCAGAAAAAUGUGAACUCAAAGAAAAGUAUGAGACACAUCUCAGAGAAAAAGAACUGUCUAGAGAACAGAAGAGAAAAUACAAAGAAUUAACAGCAGUAAAUAAACGUAUUAUACUGGCAACCUAUGAUCUCCAAGCAGUUCUACCCGCUCCACGUGGAGAAGUUUCUGUUUUCUAUUACAAGUCCAAAAUUAACAGCUAUAAUUUCACAAUUAGUGACAUGCAGUUCAAGAAUGUCGCAUGUUACUUUUGGCACGAAGGAGAGGCGAACCGGGGUGCAAACGAGAUCGGGACAUGUGUGAUGAAUUAUAUAAAACAGACAGCUGAAUUACAUAAUGAUGAAAAUGUCGAAAUGAUCUUUUUUUCCGAUAAUUGUUGUGGACAACAAAAAAAUAAAUUUAUUAUAAGUAUGUAUUUGUAUGCAGUUCAAAAAUUUACUGUUAAAUCGAUAACCCACAACUUCCUAAUAAAAGGACAUACUCAAAAUGAGGGCGACAAUGUUCAUGCUGUCAUUGAAAAAUCUGUAAAACAAGCUUUGAAGUCAGGACCAAUAUACCAUCCAAUGGAAUAUGCCAGAAUAAUCCGCUCAGCUAAAAAAACAGGUGUACCUUACAAGGUAAUGGAAAUGUCACAUUCAGAUUUUACAAACCUGAAAGAUCUUGCGCAGCAGAUUGGGCCUAAUUUUAGCAAAACUACUGAAAACGAAUCUAUUAAAAUGGGUGACAUUAAGAUCAUCAAAGUUUUGAAGGACGAGCCUGGUGUGAUUUAUAUAAAAACAUCGUAUGAGCAGGAGUUUUUUAAGAAAAUAAAUGUUUUUGGUAAACGAAAGCAUCCAGUGAAUUUCACAACGCUGAAUUGCAAACCAGCAUAUUCAAGAAAAAUUAAUAUUCCCGACAGAAAAAAAACCGACAUACAGGAUCUCAUAAAUGGGAACCACAUUCCUAAAUUUUAUGAAGCAUUGUAUAACACAAUUUUAAAUUAAUGGUUAAAUUAGUAAUUUUAAUAUAAGGAUAAGGUGUUAU